ACCGAAGAGGUUUCUAUGAGUUCCUUUACAGGGAGAUAAACGAUGACAACAACUUUGAAACAGGCUUUAAAAACCCACUUUGGGUUUGACAACUUUCGGACUAAGCAGCAGGAGGAUGUUGUGAAAGCAGUCGUCAGAAGAGACAAAGAUGUGUUUGUGUGCAUGCCCACUGGAGCAGGAAAGUCCCUGUGUUACCAGCUGCCUGCUGUCCUGGCUGAGGGUAUUACUCUGGUUAUAUCCCCGCUAAUCGCCCUCAUUCAGGACCAAGUGGACCGCCUGCAGAGUCUCAACAUCCCUGCCUGCUCCAUCAACUCCAAGCUCCCAGCAGGUGAGCGCCGUCUGAUCCUGGCUGACUUGGGCAGCAGCAGCCCCAAACUGAAGCUGCUCUACAUCACCCCAGAGAUGGUCGCCUCUCCCUCGUUCCAGCCCUGCCUGACGGACCUGUGCUCCCGUGGUCUGCUGUCUUACCUGGCUGUGGAUGAGGCUCACUGUGUCUCCCAGUGGGGCCACGAUUUCAGGCCAGACUACCUCAAACUGGGAGUGCUGCGUGGCCGCAUGCCGGGGGUUCCCUGUUUGGCCCUGACAGCGACAGCACCCAAGAAUGUACAAGAUGACAUUGUUCAGUCCCUGAAGCUGAGCUCGCCACUCUCUUUUGUUACACCUGUCUUCCGCAGUAACUUGCACUACGAUGUGAUCUUCAGGGAGCUGCUGCCAAACCCCUACGUUCACCUCUACGCCUUCAUUCAGAAGGCACUGGCACUGGACAGCGGCUCCAACGGACAGGGUUGUGGGAUUGUGUACUGUCGGACCAGAGAGGGCUGCGAAACUGUGGCUCACCAGCUGACUAAGCUCGGAGUCUCGGCCAAACCUUACCAUGCAGGUCUGAAGGCAGGAGAUCGCACAGAGGUCCAGAAUGAGUGGAUGCAGGGGAAGGUGCUGGUUAUUGCAGCCACCAUCAGCUUUGGUAUGGGAGUAGACAAGGCCAAUGUCAGAUUCGUAGCUCACUGGAACCUCGCAAAGUCCCUAGCCAGCUACUACCAAGAGUCAGGGCGAGCUGGGAGAGACGGCCUGCCCUCCUCCUGUCGCACAUACUACUCUAAGAAAGACCAGGAGCAAAUCAACUUCCUCAUCCGCCAGGAGAUCGGCCGCAAACAGGCGAAACGUGGCUUUGAAAAGGAGACGGACAAAGCAGCCAUUACAGACUUCAAUGCCAUGGUGUCAUUCUGUGCUCAAGAAUCCUGUCGCCAUGCCACAAUCUCCAAGUUCUUUGGGGACAAGACGCCAAACUGUGCAGGUGCCUGCGACUAUUGUCGAAACCCCAAGCUUGUGCGAGCCCAGCUGGAGAAGGCGGCCGUCCUCAGCACCAAGACUGAAGCUCAGAGCAAAGGAGGACCAUUCGGUUUCCUGCCGGACCUUUAUGAAGGAGGGAAGAAGGGCUACGGCUUUGAGAGGUUUGAUGAAGGGGAGGCAGGUAGUGGUGACGAGGACACCACAAAGAGGAAAAAGGAGUUUACAGACCUCUUCAAGAAGCAGAUGAGCAUGCGGAAGGGAACUGACGGUCGGAAGGAAGACUUUGUUCCCCCAGACGCUGACUGCCCACUCAGAGAUGCCAGCAGUCAGAGGAUCCCCAGGCUCACUGUAAAGGCCAGAGAGCACUGCCUGUGCCUCCUGCAGGAAGCACUAUAUGGCCACCAGAGGGCAGAAGACGCCUUCAACAGUGACACCCUGUCUUUAGCUGUGGAUAUUGAGUAUGAGGUCUUCAAGAGCAACAAGUCCUCCAACUUGUACAAAGCUGCUGUCCUAAAAAAGGUGUCAGAGUUGAAGAAAUCAGCACCUGGAGAAAAAGGAGAAGGUGUAGAGACUGACAGCAGCAGUGAAUCCAGAGAAAAUGAGUCAAAAGUCAAAGAAGAAGCACCUUCCUCUUCAUCUUCCUCUUUUUCUGAGGAACUGCAGGGCUUCACGUCUGCAUCUGAGAUCUACUCAAUGAAGCGUAAGAGAGUUGGAGCAGGCCUGAGGGGAUCGUCCAACCCCUUCCAGACUGCUAAGGAUCUGCUGAAGCCCUCCAUGUUAGAAAAUGUAUCUAACAAAGGGACGGAGAGUGGCGGAUUUUACAACGACAGCUCUGGAGGCUCUACAGACACAAACACAGAUGCAUCUUCAGCUGUAACGUCAUCCAUCAGAGCCAAAGCUAAUGCCAUCGCCGCCUCCCUCAACAGCCCGACAAAGGCAGGCAGAUCCAUGAGCAAGAAGCAGCAGAAGCUAGUGGAAGCUGCAAAGAGUUCCCGCAACAUUUCCCAGUACUUUAUGAAAAAAGAAACAACAACAAAAGCCAACAAAAGCGAGGAGGAGGUGGAGACGCUGAAGAGACUUGAUGCUACGUUACCUCACACAGCGGUGGUGCUCCCUCAAGAAAACAGUAACCAGCAGGAACACUCACCUGUCGCUGUGGAAGAUGUAGAGGUCAGCCCUGUGGAGACACAGGAAGUGAUCCAAGAAGACAGUAAAAAAGAAGUAAUAGUUAUAAUGGAUGAUGAAGAAAAGGAAACCCAUGACAUAGAAAUGUUGGAGCUGGAGCGGCUUCAAGAUACAUCUGAAGAGUGUAUGAAGUCUAAUGCAGAACAAAACGUAACAGUGGAAGAGUCUAAACCACCGCUAACAGAAGGGCUGACAGUUGGUAUAGAAGCAAACAGAGAGUCAUCUCCUCCAGCGAAACGCAGCCGCCCUGCCAACAGAAAAGUAACCUUUAACCCCCAAGUACAAGAGAGGGCCCUGCUCCCGGUCAACGAACCACCCAAACCUGUGACACUGAAGGAAACUGCGGACAUCGUCGUUCGCUACCUGGACCCAUUUUACACUCAGGGAAAGUUUGCCACCAAGGAGCUGUUUAAGUCCUUCGCCCGUUACUUAUCGCACCUUCUGGCAGAGGGGAGGAGUCGGGGGAAAGGCCAAGUCAAAGCAGAAGCCAGAGCUCUCAUCAAGAAGUUCUUCAGCGGCGUCCAGCGCUGUGAGAGCGAGGCCGACUGGAAGCACCUUAAAAGACCACACAGCUGUAAAACCACAGAGAACAAGGAAUGAUGGGAAGUGGAAAUGUAGCCAUUCUUAGGGUCGAACCCUUCCUCUUUGUCAGUGCCUAAGCUUCUCUUGUCCCAGUGACCUCAGGCUUCACCACAGACGCCUGCUGACCUGGUUUAGAGUUGAUUUGCUGCUAGAGUUGUGCUUUUUUUUCGGGCUCGUUGCUGCUGCAGAAGCUUAUGUCAAUAAUGAAGCAAUAAUGUGUGGGCUGUUACAGCCUGAGAGAGCAGAAGUAAAACUGUGUGCAUACUGAUAGGACAAGUGUUGUUUAUGUUUCAGCCCACUAACUGAAAACUGUGUACACUUUAUAUUUCUGAUGACCAAUGUAUGUGAUUUUAAAUUAGUCCUCUACAGGCAGCCGUUGGCCUUCAUUCUUUUCACUACAGUAUGGCACUUAAGUGGUGCUGCACUCUUUUUUAAGUUUGUCUGCACUUAACUCUCCAGUAAACAUGUUUCAAGUCUGCAAGUUGAUUUGCAUACUAAGCCGAAAUGAAUGGAAACCAAAGGCCUCUUUAAAUUAGCGUGACUGAUGCUGUGUCUCAAUUCAGAUACUUCAGUAAGUACACUUACAUGUAGUGCGCUGUGUACUCUAUGUACUCACUUGCGUAGUGUGGGAAUUUAGUGUUGUCUCAAAUCUAACAUGGCUGUUGUACGGUUGCAACAUUUGACCACUUCUUUUUGUUGGCAAAUUGCAACUGGAUGGAGCCUUACUGCCAACAUUUUACCACAGUUGUCACCCGCCAAAAUACCUGCUGGCUUAUUUGCUUGUUCAGUGGAGCGACCACAACCACUGCAGCUACCUCGACUGCCCUUUUCACACUUUGUGGGUCUCUCUCCUUUCGCUAUGUAGCCAAGAUGGCGCCCAUUGAGGGUGAGGAGUGUCCAGCAUUCCACCCUUUACAUUUUGACCAUUACGUGUACACCACCCAGGUACUCAGUGUCAGUGUGAAUGCACUUAUGUAUUUAAAAUAGCAAGGGCAACUACAGAAGAACAAGAAUUGAGUCACAGCCUAAAGGGCUGCAGCCAUGCUAGCAGCUCUGUGAGGCUGUACUCAGACACAGUGGUGCUUGGAGCUAAAUGCUAAAUGCUAACAUGCUCAUAAUGGCUACGUUUACAUGCACAAAAUGUUCAAUUUUUUUUUCCCAUUUUCUGAAAAAGACAAUAUUCCUUCUGAGCUGUUUACAUGGCAUUUAUAUGCAUACUCUGUUUAACAUGCCAGAACAUGUUCAUCACUACAAAAUAUGGAAAAGUGGAAUGAUAGGACCUGCUUGUCAUUUUGUUAUCCUGGACCUGUUUAUAUCCAAGUCUGUCAUGAUGUAUAAAAGUAGGCGUGUUUCUCCUUGUGACAAGAAAUGUGGGCUUUUCUUUUGGGCAUGCAUCUCGACCCCCACAGCCUUGCAAAGUGUUCACGAGUUGAUUUGUGUACAAUGUAUCCAUGACGACGCACAGAGCUUAACAGGAAACUGCUGUAAAAACCUGUAUUAAGAUGCAUACUCUGAAUACACGCUGUACACAUGUCCAAAGAAUGCUCCUAAAACUUGAAGAAUCUCAGCAUAUUUCUCACAUCUUAAUCUGAAAAUGCGUCAUUCGGAACGAGACGUAAUUCAGAAUAUGCUGUUGACAUGACGUAACAAAUUCGGAAUAUUAGUGUGCAUGUAAACAUAGUCGAUGAUGGUGCUGUUUGGCAGGUAACAUUUGCUUAUUAACACUAAAUGCUGUUUGUCGGAGUACAGUUGAUGAUGACAAGGAUGUUAUUAGUUUUGCAGGUGUUUGGUCAUAUCAUGAAAAGAUAUGUAAAGUCAGAGAAUCAUUUGAGUCAUCGGGGUUCAUCCUCUGGAGACCAUGUAAGACACUCAGUCCGGACCAAAGUGGUGGACGGUGCAGCAGACGGCUAGCAUUGCUAGAAACACAUAGUGGUCAUCAGUAAUGUAAAGAUGACACCAUUUGAUGUAAAUGCAGGCAGAACAUUGAGGAACACUGAAUAAUAUUUUCAUAUUUGACACAAACCAGGCAGGUGUGUGUUGUGGAGGCCUCGUAGAUAUUUUACUGCUGCUACAUACUUUGUCUUUGGCUGCUGUCUGCAGAACAAAGAACAGAGUACAUGGAAGUAUGGAUACUGUAUGAUGUGAUACUGUCCUGUUAAUGUUUUAUUUAAAGAUGGAUUCAGUUUUAUCUUCGGUUAUUAUGUCUUGUAGCAAAGGGAUCAUUUCUGCAGGAUGUUUUUCUUUUUUAGCGACAUGGUUUCCACUGAGCGACAUGUUAUUUAGUCAUAGUGCCUGUCCGUCUGUGAGAGGCCACAGUUUGUGUCUCAGCAUUCAGAAGGAAGCCCAAAGAGUCCUGGAGGCACGGAUGGACACAGAGGCCCGGCUGUGUGUGUGUGAGCAGCCGUGGUGUGUGUACUCUCUGCUCCUAAAUGUUUACAAUAAAGUCAAUGCUGAACAAAAA